GAGCGCCUCCAGAACGCGCGCAGCAUUCCAGUCCGGACCGAGUCUGGCUCUGUUGUGUUUUUUUUCUGUGUCACACACACUUUCAAUCAUAUUUCUGUUUGUCUCUGGCCUCUGAAACUCAUCUGAUCCGUGUGACCGCGAUGAUUGACUCCUGGAUGAACCUCAAUCUGUUUGAUUUGAAAUGACGACAGAACCAGAGAGCCAAUCAGAGCAGCAGGGGGCCAGUGCGGCUCCGCCCCAAUCAGCCCCGCCCCUUGACAACCAGCUUCCUCCUGCCGCCGCCCACAGCACACCUGUGAGGAGAGAACAGGGCGGUGGAGUCGCGCAGGGGAAAGGCGAUCAGCAGUCGGCCGAGGACGACGGCACGUCCCACUGGUCCUCCUCCAGUAAACUCACCCGAUCUCCUGUCAAAAUCAGCAGGAAACCCAAGAACAUGCAGUGCAAGGUGACGCUGCUGGACGGGUCCGACUACACCUGUGUGGUGGAGAAGCGUGAUAAAGGUCAGAUUCUGUUCGACAAAGUCUGCGAACAUCUCAAUCUUCUGGAGAAAGAUUACUUCGGUAUCACAUUCCGUGAUGUGGAGAAUCAGAAGAACUGGCUGGAUCCUGCCAAAGACAUGAAGAAGCAGAUCAGAGGCGUCGCCUGGAAUUUCUCCUUCAACGUGAAGUUUUACCCUCCUGAACCUGCACUGCUGUCUGAAGACAUCACCAGAUAUUACCUGUGUUUACAGCUGAGGGAUGAUAUCGUAUCGGGUCGUUUGCCGUGUUCAUUCGCCACACACACGGUUCUCGGUUCGUAUACGGUUCAGUCGGAGUUGGGCGAUUAUGACCCGGACGAGUACGGCUCUGACUACGUCAGCGAAUUUCGUUUCGCCCCUCAUCAGACCAAAGAGAUGGAGGACAAAAUCAUGGACUUGCACAAGAACUACAAAGGAAUGACGCCAGCUGAAGCUGAGAUGCAUUUUCUGGAGAAUGUAAAGAAACUGUCUAUGUAUGGAGUCGACCUUCAUCAUGCAAAGUUGAUAGGACGAUUCUUUCACUGCUUUUCUCCAGCUAAAGGAGAGGAUUCAGAGGGGGUGGAGAUCAUGUUGGGCGUGUGUUCCUCCGGGCUCCUCAUCUACCGCGACAGACUGCGCAUCAACCGCUUCGCCUGGCCCAAAGUCCUCAAGAUCUCCUACAAACGCAAUAACUUCUACAUCAAGAUCCGGCCAGGCGAGUUUGAGCAGUUUGAAAGCACGAUAGGCUUUAAACUCCCCAACCACAGAGCGGCCAAGAGACUGUGGAAGGUUUGUGUGGAGCAUCACACGUUCUUCAGGUUGGUUUCUCCAGAGACGCCACCUAAGAAGUUCCUCACGCUGGGUUCUAAGUUCCGCUACAGCGGCAGAACUCAGGCUCAGACCCGGCGGGCCAGUUCCCAGAUCGUCCGUCCGGCACCGUACUUCGAGCGUUCGUCCAGCAAGCGCUACACAAUGUCACGGAGUCUGGAUGGAGCUCAGCGGACGCCAGUCAACACAGCGACAGUCAAUGUAAAUGGCACUAGACCAACAGAGAUGGGUACAGCGUUGUACGGCACUGCCAAAGGCAUCGCCAUGAGUGACCUCAUCACCACGGUAACGCCUGAGAAGAAAGUGGAGGAGACGCGUGAGGAGGAGCGUGAGGAGACGCAACCGGUGCUUGUGGAGAGUGUAGUGGUGCUGGAGGAAGAGGACGAGAUCACAAAAGCUACGGAACCAUCACUGCCGAGCCCACCGACACCGGCCCGACAGGACACACGGACUGAUUUCACAGAUACUGCUAUCGAUGGAGAGUUAACGGCCACUGAGUCGGAUCAGGAGGACGAAUCUGAAGCAAAGACGCAGCCCAGUUUCAUAAGGCGAAUUAGAGGAGAGAAUAUGUUUGUCAGACACAGUAAGCUGAUGUUAGAGGAAAUCGAGCGAACGCCCGACGAGCUGCUGAAGCAUCAGACCAACAUCAGCGAGCUGAAGCGGACGUUCCUGGAGGGAGGAACGGACCGGACGGGUCUGACCGAGUGGGAGAAGCGUCUGUCCUCGUCUCCGCUGCGAUCGCCGCGUCUGGACGAAGCGCCCAUGAUUGAGCCGCUGGUGCCGGACGAGGUCAAACAGGAAGCAGUGUUGGAGACACAGGAAGUGGCCGCAGCAGCAGCAGCAGCUCUGGAGCCGCAGGACGGUCUGACGGACAGGAAGGUUGAUGUGGAGUCUGACGGGUGGGUCAUUAUAAACAAGGUUCCUCCGUUUGAACCUGAUAAACUUCCUCCAGUCGAAGCUGAAACGGUUUCUCGUAAGAUUCCAGAGAAGGUUUCUACCAUACAUCUUCCAGCUGAACCAGAAAAACCUUCAUCUGUCGUAUCUGAAGAGGUUCCUUCAAAGGAAACUCCUCAGAAGAUUCCAGAAAAGGUUUCUACCGUAGUGCAAGAAACGUCUCCUCCAGAAAAACCCUCACCAAUCACCUCUGAAGAGGUUUCGCCAAUUCGGCAAGAAAAGUUUCCUGUCGUAUCUGAGGAGGUUCCUUCAAAGAUACCUGAGAAGAUUCCUCCGAAGGUUCCAGAAAAGGUUUCUACAACAAUACAAGAAAAGUUUCCUCCAGAAAAACCUUCUAUUGUAUCCGAAGAGGUUUCUCCAAGGAAAACUCCUUCUAAGAUACCAGUGAAGGUUUCUACUAUAAUACAGCAAACUUUUCCUCCGGCAAAACCUUCUUCUGGCGUAUCUGAAGAGGUUUCUCCAAAGAAAACUCCUCCGAAGGUACCAGAAAAGUUUCCUGUCGUAUCUGAGGUGGUUCCUUCAAAGAUACCUGAGAAGAUUCCUCCUAAGGUACCAGAAAAGGUUUCUACGGUGGUCCAAGGAAGGGUCGAACCCAUAAAGGGUUCCUCAGAAGAUGCUCCUCCUAAAGUACCACCAAAAGUUCCUCCGAAGGUUCCAGAGAAGAAACACAUGGCCAGCUACAGGUUCAUAUCCGCCACGAGCACGGCGUCGUCCGGUGAAGCUCCAGAAGACAAACCCGGCCGAGGUCAAGAAGGUUUCUCCGUCGUGUCCGAGCAGUUCGUUCGAUCUUACGAGUCCAGUAAGGUGAGCGUCCGCUCCAAAGACGAGCUGCCGUCUGCUCAUCUUCCUGCCAAACUCUCGGAGCAGACGGUCGCCGCCACCAUCAAGGUGAUUCCGGUGACGGUGGAGUAUCCGAGCACCGGGGCUCCGGUCAUCACCGUGAAGGAGGUUCGGACGCCAUCGCCGUCCGGUGAGGAGAGCCGAGGAGAACCUGUGACGGCGGAGCUACGUCUGCUGACGGGCCGCAUCUCCCCGACGGUCCGCUCCCCGCUCAGAUCUCCCAUCAAAUCUCCGGUGGAUCUCGGGACGGCGCCGUAUCUCAGCAGAACCUCCCCGACGACCAGAGUGCCUAAGCCCAGUUUCGAUGAGAUGUCUCCUGAGCUCACGGCGCUCUUGCAGUCCACGCGCAGCUGGGCUCCGUCUGUGUCUCCCGCUCUGAUCGCGCAGACGAUCGCUUUACACAAGCCGUCCGAGAUUCCAGAGACGCAUCCGGCUGAAGAAGAGGAUGAGCAGCCGCCGGCAGAGGAAGCGCUGGACCAGCCUCAGUCGGCUGUGGUGAGUCUCUCCAGGAGUCUGUCAGGAGACGUGGACACGCAGGACACGCUGGACACGCCUGUGAUCCACACGGAGAUGAAGACCAUCACAUACGAGUCCCUGCAGGGCGAUGCGGACGGAGACACUGACACCGAUCCUGGCAUUCUGCUGAGCGCUCAGACCAUCACAUCAGAAACCACCAGCACCACCACAACCACACACAUCACCAAGAUGGUGAAGGGCGGCAUCUCAGAAACACGCAUUGAGAAGAGAAUCGUGAUCUCAGGAGAUGCAGACAUCGAUCAUGAUGAGGCUCUGGCUCAGGCCAUUAAAGAGGCUAAAGAACAACAUCCCGACAUGUCAGUGACCAAAGUGGUGGUGCAUAAAGAGACGGAGAUCACGCCGGAGGAGUGACGCAGGAUUAACAUCAUCUUCACGCUUUCUGGAGGAACUCAUGUGUUCACGCUGUGGAAUCGAAGGAUGCUUCAGAGAGAUCAGCCACUGGAACAGCAGCAUAAACGAAUGAAUCGCAGCAAACGUCAUCUGAACACGUCUGGAGUAACACACACACACACACGUACAUACACACACACGCUUACGGGCUCCGUCUGCCGCACUGGAUCACUGUUACUGCAUGACAAGGGAACAAUUCUGCUUUUUGUGAGGAGACUACAGUAUAUAGACAUUUUAGUACAUACUCUAUGAGCGCAGUGUAUAGUCAAACCAUGAGCUCGUCAUAAAGGGACUGAAGAUUAUGUGUGAGAAGAAAUAUAACGGUUACAGAUAUCUACAUUUAUUUAUUCUACUGAAUACUGCUCACUUUAAAAAAAAAAGGACGAACUUUGCACAGUAUUUAACCUCGCAAAGAUGUGCCAUCCACACGCGUCGCCCUCCGUCGACUCAUCUCUGAUCUGCUCAUGAGGAUAUGAAUAUGCCACACAUGUAUGUUAGAGACGUGUUAUGUUGUUUUUACUUGAAUUAUUAUACACCUGUUUCUGUUUCUUUUUGAAAACUGUCACUUGUGAACGCUGAGUUUAGAGGAUCGGAAUUCUCCGAGAGCUGUUGUAAUGACGACUGCUACCCUGAAUAUCAAUCCCAGAGUUCUCCUUGCCCAGAGUGCCACAUCUGAGCCUUAAACUGUACAGAUGAACCCAGUGUGUGUUUCUGUCCCUGUUUGUUGAUGUGCAGCGUCGCCGCCCUGCUGACUGUUUCCCACUCAAGCAACUCCAAUAAAAUCUUAAUUCCAUUUCUGAUAA